AUGGUUGUCCAUUCUCAGGACGAGGCUUUGAUGUGUAGAGUAUUUCCAUCCAGUUUGGGACCAAUGCCGAUGAGAUGGUUUGAUGGGUUAAGAACAAAUUCUAUCAGUUCCUUCAAGACACUCACCCAAUCAUUCUGUUCCCGAUUCAUUACAUGCAGUAGGGUUCCUCAACCUCUAAACUCUUUAUUGUCCAUGUCAAUGAGGGAAGGAGAAUCCGUGAAGGCAUAUGCUGAAAGGUACUGGGAGAUGUUUAACGAGAUUGAUGGCGAUUUUGAUGAGGUUGUUGUUAGAACUUUCAAGAUCGGUCUCCCAUCCGAGCACGGUUUGAGGAAAUCUCUGACAGGUAAGCCUGUCACUAGUUUACGCCAGCCAAUGGACCGAGUUGAUAAGUACAAGAGGAUUGAAGACGAUCAACAACAAGGAAAAGGGAAAACUAAGGUUAUCCCUCAAGAAAGGAGGGAUUUCAGGUUGGACCAAUACAACAAUAACCGGCCGAUAAGGGAUUAUGCAGAUCAAUCAAGGUCAAACAAUACUCAGGUCGUCGGUGUAGUCUUCCGAGAGCUGGUGCAUCAAGUAUUGGAAAAGAUAAAAAAUGAACCAUUCUUUAAACGACCAAAUAAGAUGAUAGGAAAUCCCGAAAAGCGAAACCGUAACCUCUAUUGCCAAUAUCAUCAGGAUCAUGGGCAUACCGCAAAGGAUUUAAGAGUUUAUGGGAUCAUUUGGACCAACUCGUCCAAAAGGGAAAAUUAA